AUGAGUACGGCGGAAAAGAAACCCUUGAUGAGUCCUUUUCACCGCGGCAUCACCGUUCCAAAGGCGGCAACAUGGGCCUCAGCCAUAGCAUCCUCGCGGGAUGCCUCACGGCGUAUACCACAGACCAUUGCUCAUCGCGGCUUCAAGUCCCAUUUUCCCGAGAACAGCAUGGCGGCUUUUGAGGCGGCUGUUAAGAUUGGAGCUCAUGCCUUGGAGACGGAUGUGCAUCUUUCCAAGGACGGCGUCGUUGUGCUGUCACAUGACCCUUCAUUAAAUAGAUGCUUUGGCGUCGACCUUCUCAUCAAAGACUGCACCUGGUCAUAUCUCUCCAGCCUGCGAACGACCAAGCAGCCAUAUGAGCCGCUGCCCAGGCUGGUAGACCUGCUCCAGUAUCUAACCUCUGGACCAGACACAGAAAAGAUUUGGGUCUUGCUGGAUAUCAAGAUUGACGACAAACCUGAACAUCUUCUACAUGCUAUAGCCUGCGCUCUCACAGAAGUCUCAUCAGCCACCCCUUGGGACGAACGCAUCAUUCUCGGCUGCUGGAACGCCACAUUCAUGAAAGCCGCCCUCGAAUUCCUCCCCGGCUACCCCCUCGCCCACAUCUCCAAUUCGCUCUUCUACUCCCGCCACUUCUUCCCCAUUCCCAACCUCGCCUUUAACAUGUUCCAGGGCCUCCUCGUCGGGCCCUUUGGCCGCUGGUUCCUCCGCGACGCCAAGAGGGCCGGCCGCCCCGUCUUUGCCUGGACCGUCAACGGCGAGAAGUGGAUGGAGUGGUGCAUCCGCAAGAACAUUGCUUCGGACCGGGCUGCUCUCCCUGCUUCUUCUUCAACGUCUUCCCUGUCUUCCAUGGCGGACGACAAAUCACCAUCACCAUCACCAACCGUCUUCAUCGAUGGCGUCAUCACCGACAACCCUCAACUCUUCCUCCAAGUCUGCUCCCGCGUCGAAGACGACCUCGACGGCAUCCCCUCAUCAUCCAUGUCUCUAUCCGCUGUCUCCCGAAAGCGCAACAGCCAGAAUCGCGGCGUCACCAUGCUCAGCUCCCUCAAGUCCCAGCUUGGCACCACCUGCGGCGUGCUGUUUGUCAACGUCGUCGUCACGAGCUUCUUCUGGUACAGGCGGCUUCAGGGGAGGAUGGAUAAGUUUGACGUGAGCUUUUUUAGAAACUUCCAGGGAUAA